AUGCGUUUGUACAAUGACUCAAUGAAUUGGGAAUUACGCAAAUUAAAUAUUGAUGAAGGUACUUUAUCAAGAAAAACAAAAACUGAUGAUAAUCAAUCGAACAUUCAAUUGAAAACUACAACAUGUGACUUAUUUAUUAAUGAUGAAUUUCAAUCGUCGAUUGAUAAUAAUUAUUUAAAUACUCCUUUACCAUUUGUAAAUUAUUUAUCAAAUCAUGAAUUAAAGAAUGAUAAUCUUUUACUACGUAAUGAAGUUUUAACAGAUUUUAAUCAAUUUGGUGAUGAUAAUAUUUCACUAAAUUCUGAUUAUUUACAAACUAAUUGCAUUUCAACAGAAACAAAACAAUUACAACAUAAUAAUGUAGUAGUAAAGGAUAUUUUUUUAUUAGGUAACGAUAUUGUCCUUGAUGGUAAUCAAUCUGAUGAUAGUAGUACCUUGUCGAUUAAUGAUAAUAAGAAUAAUGAUGUAUUACCAGAUGAUGUUCUACAAUUAACACAAGAAAGAGAAGAAAUGAUAAAAGAUUUUGAUCGUGAAAUUAAUAAAACUCACUUUGAAUUACAAGAAACUAAAGAUAAAUUAAAAGCACUUAAUGAUAAAUUAUUCCACUUAAUUGAUUUGAAAAAUAAAAAAAGUAAAGUAUUACUAAGAAAAAUCAAUGAAUGUACGAGAAAUUACAAAAGCAAAAAGUAA